AUGAUCACCCAAGCAUCUCGUUUCAUCACUCCAUUCCGAACAACUGCAUCCAAAUGUUGUAGGAGCAAUCAUAGUACCGUUAUUAAUUCUCCACUUUCCUAUAAAAUUCGGACUAACAUUUGCCCACUAACGACCACAACAAAAUACAAUCAAUCCACUUGCAUCAUGAUGGCAAUACAUAAUCAUAACAACAGAUAUUUCAGCUCGAAUGUAUUAAAACAACAACAAGAAUCCCUAUCCUCUUCAAAGAAUGCAACUGUAGAUAAUAAUGCUAAUAAUUCUCAAGAUUUAUUGAUUACUGAAUCGUGUGGUAGAAGAAUCACAGAAGUAAAUGAAAAGAAAGGAGAUCCUGGAAGAAUGCUCCGAGUGAUUGUCGAAAGCGGAGGUUGUAGUGGAUAUCAAGUUGAGUUUACUUUUUCAAAAGAGAUUGAGCCUGGCGAUCAAGUCUUUUAUCAUCCUUCAUAUCCCAAUGCAAAAGUACUUGCUGAUGAAAUUACAAUGAGUUUUAUUAAGGGAAGUACCAUUGAUUUUGUGGAGUCAAUGGCCAAAACAGCCUUUGUUUUAGAAAAGAAUCCAAAUGCAGAGACAGGAUGCAGUUGUGGAACUUCUUUCAGUGUCAAAGCGAAAUAA